AUGGAAGUAUAUAUCACUAGUCCAGGGUAUCCUGGUAAGUAUCCAGCACUCACUCAAUGCCGUUAUGAACUUACGACAACUCCAGGGAGCAGGAUAUUGCUGACAUUUGGACAGAUCGACACCGAGAAGUGCUGUGACAUCAUCAGCGUGUACGAUUAUGAUGAAACCCCUUACAAUCCACUUCUGGACAGGUUCAGUGGACAGAUUGCGGCCGGAGUCAAAGUGUUCACAUCGACUUUGAACCAGAUGGUCGUUGAAUUCUACACAGAUUCCCUCGAUCAGGGAUCGGGAUUCUCCGCUACUGCAGUUAAUGCUCCCUAA